GCGAGGGCUGCUGCACAGCUAGCAGAGCCGCGGUCCGGACAGCAGCGCGUGCCCCAAGCUCUCCGCCUCCCCCCGCCCGCCAACCCGAGGCAGCCCGAGCCCAGCCCGCGGCCCCAGCAGCAGCGCCGAGAGCAGCCCCAGUAGCAGCGCCAUGGCCGGGUGGAACGCCUACAUCGACAACCUCAUGGCGGACGGGACCUGUCAGGACGCGGCCAUCGUGGGCUAUAAGGACUCGCCCUCCGUCUGGGCCGCCGUCCCCGGGAAAACCUUCGUCAACAUCACGCCAGCUGAGGUUGGUGUCCUGGUUGGCAAAGACCGGUCAAGUUUUUUCGUGAAUGGGCUGACACUUGGGGGCCAGAAAUGUUCUGUGAUCCGGGACUCACUGCUGCAGGAUGGGGAAUUUACCAUGGAUCUUCGUACCAAGAGCACCGGCGGAGCCCCCACCUUCAACAUCACUGUCACCAUGACUGCCAAGACGCUAGUCCUGCUGAUGGGCAAAGAAGGUGUCCACGGUGGUAUGAUCAACAAGAAAUGUUAUGAAAUGGCCUCCCACCUGCGGCGUUCCCAGUACUGACCUCGUCUGUCCCUUCCCCCCACCACUCCCCACUGCUUUUGCACCCCUUUCCUUCCCUUCCCAUAUACACACAUACACCAUUUUUAUUUUGGGGGCCAUUACCCCACACCCCUUAUUGCUGCCAAAACCACAUGGGCUGGGGGCUGGGGCUGGAUGGACAGACACCUCCCCCUACCCAUACCCCUCCUGUGUGUGGUUGGAAAACUUUUGUUUUUUGGGUUUUUUUUCUGAAUAAAAAAGAUUCUACUAACAA